UGUUAGAGCAUGGGAAAACAAUUUAAAGACCAAAAUCAAAGAUUCUGAACUGAGAAAUGAAAUUUCUGAUUUUCUUAAUGAAAUUUUAAAUGUUAGAAAUAUCACAGAUUUCCGAGAAUUAGAAACUGCAUUCAUUUACAAGUAUAAAAAAAACGAAGAGUCUGCUGAAUUUGUGAAUUACUAUGAAACAAAUUACAAAGACAGAUCAGAAGAAUGGGCUCUCUGUUUUCGUAAAAAGUGGUAUUAUACAUCUGAUACAAACAUGUAUGUUGAAUCAUAUCAUAAUCGUUUGAAAACAUUCACUUUUAAAAGACGUCCAAAUCAAAGACUUGAUAUACUUUUAGAAAAGCUUUUGGGAAUUGAAAUAACACUAUUUCUUGAACGUGAAGGCAAAAUUAGAAUGAAAGAGCCCAAUAUCUAUGAGAUCGGACAUUUGAUGCAGAAAAAACAUGAACUUGGCAUGAAAAUUAAAGACGAAGAUGUAAAAAAAAUUGGUACAAGUUGGGAAAUUCAAUCACAAACGGAGAAGUCUAUUACUUACACAAUUGUGCAAUAUCGUGCUCACUGCCUGAAUCGUGAUCAUUGUUUCGCACAAUGCUCAGAACAGCCUUGUAAUCACCUUUGUGCUCAUAUGUUUUCUUGUAGUUGCCCAGACCCUUUCCCCCUCUGCAAACAUAUCCAUAAAGUGCAUUUUCUCUGUUUAAGUCCUCAUAAAAGUUUGGCAAAAUUUUCUUCAGAAUCUAAUACAGAUGCAAAAUCGUCUCAAAGCAGUGUUAAAUUAUUCAGUCCAAUUUCUAAAGGAAACAAGGCAGUUUCUUUAUAUGAUCGCAUUAAGCAACAUUACACAAGUAUGGCUGAUUUAUUCCAAGAUGACCAAAAUGUUGACAUGAAUGACUCCUGUCUAAAACUACUUUAUCAAAAUAUGAAACAAGCGAGCGAAAUUUAUUCUUCAAUCAAAUCGCCGCUUAACAUUAGUGCUAGUGUGUCUUUACCUGUAAAACAUAUUUCACCAAACACCAAAAUUACACCUCAAGCGCAGCUAUAUAGGACCAAUAAGCGUCGAAAAACGAAACGUGAUACUUCGUCAAGAAAAAAAAUCAACUUUUCUUUACAGAACAGUCACCCUUCUCCAUAUGCUUCAUUCACAGUUCCCCUGGAGGAUGGGGUAACCCUACGCGAUCUUCAAAAAACAGAAAUUACAAUAGGACAAUAUGAAAAAUCUAUAACAGAAAAAAAUGAUAGAUAUCCAAUUUCUACAUUAUAUUUCAAGUCUUUAGAUUAUUAUAUCCCUGCAAAGGAUUUCCAACUUAUUCACAAAUUUGUGCCAACUUUCACUAGAGGUUGGCUGUAUGAUUUUGUAAUUGAUGCGUAUUUGUACAUAUUAACUACUAAUAAUGAGGAACUGUUUGCAAUAGAAACAAUGGCAGUCCAAAUGAUUAAUCGCGAACCCACUUCUUUGGAAAAUGUUAGAUUUUUGAUGCUUGGUACUGAGGACAAUUUAAAAUUUUUAGGAGCACAGACCUUCUUUAUUCCUCUCAAUCUCAAUCAAGCCCGCAACCACUGGUUUUUAAUGGUCAUUGAAAUGAAAAAUAAAAAAGUUUACAUAUACGAUUCCAACCACCAAAGCACAUUUGCACAACAUCCACACCAAAAUUCCUUAAUAAAAUUUGCAUGUACUAUCGUAAAUUUUCAUGGAAGUUGUGUGGAUGCAGGUUGGAAAAUAAUAAUCCCAAAGCAUGCGAUGCAACAAGAUGCUCAUAGUUGUGGGGUAUUUGUAUGUUGGUUCGUAAAACAAAUAAUAGAAAAUGAGUCUGUGGAAGGACCAUUUGAUGCACAUAAUUUCCGAAAAGAAAUUUAUGAAACUUUAACAGCAGAUCCUAUCCCAUUGGAUGAAUGAAAGGCGAGUAGGAUCUGUGAUUUUUAAAAAUUUUGGCUUUCUUUUUAGGGCACAGCGAGACAUUGAGGGAUUUGAUUUAAAAAAUAAGUUCAUAUUCGUACUCAGCGACCUCAAAAACAUACCAUUCAAUACAUCACUCGAUUUUUU